UCAGGUGUGACUGACCUCAGAGGGACAGAAGCAGAUAAAAGGAGGAUCCAGUGAUCGAUAGUUGAUAGAGGAGUGAUUGAUCAAUCGAUCGGAGGAUGCUGUGGAUGUGGCGUAGCGUCCUGUGUGUGUCUCUGGUCUGUGGUCUGGCUCUGGACUCCAACACCAUCAGAUCCUCCAAAGAGACGACGCAGCAGAGCUCCGAGCUGCCGGACAGUUCCUAUGGCGACCAGGUGGACCGUCCAGUACGGCGCCGGACGGAGACAACGUUCAACUCCAAUCGAGGACAAACACCUCCAUGUUCUACACCUGACUGCUCCGUACCUCCGAGGGAAGGCUGCAGUAACAGAGCUCAGAGGAGACCGUCCUUGCAGGACAGAGAGGUGGACAGACAGCGAGACAGAGAGACAGACAGACACAUAAACACCGACGGCUUCAACAGGACGAAAGCUCCAGAAAUGUCGAGCUGUGUGCGGUCCGGUGACUGUGCGGCCGGUCUGUGCUGUGUCCGGUAUCUGACCGGUAAACGAUGUCAGAGGAUACCGGUGGAGGGCGAGGCCUGUCUGCUGAAAGGGUCCACCAAACUGAGGAGGAAGCUGGGGCGCUGCGACUGUGACACGGGGCUGUCCUGUACCGCAGUCAGCCGGGCGGAGUCUGGGAAAGCAAAAGGCCAGGGGGUGUGCCAGAGGAACACAAGGAACUCUGGGAAGAAGAGGAGGACGGCAGAGAGGAGCUGCUGACAGAUUAUUUAUAAACUCUGUACCUUUUGUGCACAUUUAAUUUAAACGUUAGUUCAGUUUGUUGGUGAGAUGUGAACUUUUUUCUCCAUAGAAGACAGCACAGCAGUAGUUCCCAAAUUGAAGGGCAGUAACAAAAGUUACAAAUAUUUAAUCAAUAAAAGUCACUAUAGUAGCCUAUAUUAAAGGAGGUGAAGACAACUGUGCCAGUUUGAAAGUGUUUAAACUUGAGUAAAACUUUCACAUUUACUUUGCCAUCAUCACAUCUGAACAGACAUUAAAAGAAAAGUUUGACAUGUUGAGAAAUAGUGUUCUCUUACUGGCUGAAAGUAAGAUAGCCUAGCUUAGCGUAAAGACUAGAAGCAGGGGGCGGAGGGGACAGCUAGCCUAAUGCAAGGACGCUGAAAGUAGGGGGUCCAUGGAGUCAUUGUAGCCAAUUUGUAGCCUACUACUGAUAAAAGGGAGCCAACGGCUUGAGGUUUCAUGAAAGCAGUUAGGAAACA